AUGCAAUCUGGUGGGAGAAGUAAGCGAUACCUCCCUUCAGAUAGCAAAAUAGAGUACAGCAAUGGUGAUGCUCUUCGAAGGAGUAACAAAUCAUCCGAUUCGCAAAAGUCUAAUAAUCAGAAAGAUAAAAGUCCACAGAUUCCGAAACAAUAUGAUAUGGAAGUAUCUUCUGACUCAGAAAGCAUACUCGAAAGGAAGCCAAAACCUCCUGUUUUUGAAUCACAAGAUUCAUAUGCACUUUCUACCCAAGGAAGCGAACAUGAAAAUGCAGAAGACGAAAGCGAAGAGAAUAUAAAUAAAGUUGAUGAUAGCAAUUACCUUUCAGUUUCGUCAAUUUCUGAAGCAUUUAAUGAAUCAAUUUCUGCAAGCAAGAAAAACGAGGAAAGUAUCGAAGAGGAAAUCCAAAAACCAAUUGAAAUCAAAGAUACCAAAGCAGCCACAUCUAGAAAACGAAGACAACCACACAGAUUACCUGAUGAUGCAAGAUUAUACAAAAAAUUCUCAAAAACCACUAUGCAAUAUAAAAACGAUCGACCAAAAAGUGUACCGAAGCAAUCUCCUCCAAAACCUCCGGCAAAUAAUAAUAAUUUUGAAACUCCACGCGUAAACAGACGAGCUUCGCCGUUAAAAGUUCAACUUAAGCCAAUACCAGACGAAUUAUUGCAAUUGCAUCAGAACAAUUCCGUUAAAAAAGAAGUUCCAAAACAAAAUCCAAAAAUUUCACCGGCAAAAACAAAUUCUCCUCAAAUACAAAAUAAAAAACCAGCAAAUACAGAUAAUAAACCUACAAAUCCCACUCAAAUUUCAAAUAAUAAUAAAAUUCCAAAUAAUCCAUCGCCAAAGCCAGUUCCGAAAGAAUCUCAAAUACCUGUGAAGUCUCCAAGACAUAAUUCUCCACAAAAAGUUCCAAAUUCUCCUUCAAAAAUUCCAACUCAAAAUCGAACGAAAUCUCCUGUGAAACAACCUCCGAAAUCCCUACAAAACAAAUCUCCUUCAAAAACUCCACAAAACAAAGAAAAUCCAAAAAGUCAAAAUAAUGAAAUUCAAAAAUCUAAUUCAGAUAUUCCUAAAAAGCAAAAUGAAGACUCUUUGAUAAGCUCUCCGCCAACUCCUACAGAAAUUCCUCAAAUCCGCAAGCGAAAAAAGUCAAUUUCUCCAAUUGUUCUUCCCCAACAUAUUUCUAGCCCUCCAAAGUGCGAUUACAAGAACUUAUCACCCGAAUAUCUACAAUUACUUGCUCAAAAAGAGUUGUUACAGCGAGAAAUUUCAAAUCUUGAAAUUCAAAAUUCAGAAUUUGCGACGAUGACUAACGAAGAGAUCACAAUUGUUACGAGAUUCCAAGGUAUAGUGUUCGAACAAGUCAAUUCCUACCUGUUUAGCGUCACAACGGCAGUUAACGAACAUAAUCAGAGAAUUAAAAAAGAAAUUGAAGAUUUGAGGACAAUUAAUGACGAGUUAACACGUAUUUCUAGUGAGAAAUCAUUCAUGACCGUCAAAUUCUCUAAUGACAGAAUAAGGAGGGAUAUGAGAUCCAUAUUAAACUCCUCUAAAAAAGCUCAAAAAGAUAUUGAAAAUUUGAAUUCAAUUUCGACGGUUUUGACAUCGAAAAAAUCGAUAAAAGCCGAAGCUGAAGAUCUUACGAAUGAAAUGCUUGCAUUGCAGACGGAAAUAGAUUCCAUGAAAGCAAGGAAUGAGCAGCUUUCAAUCGAAGAAAAACCUGAAACAGAAGAUUUGUCAUUCCUAGAAAAUUCUUUAGAAAAAUACCAAGAAAAUUUACAAAAUUUACCAAAAAGUGACACUGUAUUUCCGAUCACACAAGAAAUACUUUAUCAAAGGGAGGAAUUUGAUGAGAAGAUGAUGAUUAUGGAGAGCAUGGCCGACAUCCAGAAAUCAUUUUAUAAUGUAACAAAUGACGAAGAAAAAGAAAAUCUAAAAGAAGAAUACAACAAUUUGUUGUCAAAAUUAAACGGCCAAACUGACAGUUCUCUGUACAACUCAUUGAAGUUUGAGUCUAAGAGAUUUAAAGACAACUUCAGUCAGCAACAGAUUCUAACUAAAACAGGGAAUUUGUUGGAACAAAAACUCUUAGAAAAUCAGUUGAUAUUGGAUGAUUUAGUUUUGGAUUUACAAAAAAGUGAUAUGAAAAGUGACACAAAUGAAUUGGUCGAAGAGAUUGUAGAGGAUUUGAAGCAGAAAUAUUCAUUAAAGAAUAUUGUUACUUAUUUGGAAAGAAAUUUCCCAGAAACAAAAGAAAAAUCUACUCCAUUGGAGAAAGUGAAACUUGCAAGGCAGAUUGUUCAAAAUGGGAACGCUGCAAGAAAACAGCUACUUUAG